CACAUAAUAUUUAUAGGAGGAGAAGUGGAAACGGGCGACCCCGGUGCGACGGUUCAUACUGUGCCAUGCCUGAGUAGAAGAUAGAAAUACACCUACCUCCACACGACCAAGAGGAUUUAGCGGUACAUCUCAGAACGUAGUGGUAUGUCGUAGUUCUGCCCAGGGUAAUACUGCUGCACUCUACUUUUUGAUAUCUUGUUUUGGUCUUGGUGCGUGUCCUUGUGUUUGAUGCUUGUUGAGAUGGGAGAAAACUCGCGAGCUCGGCUUUCCUGCUUCUGGUCAUUCUAUACACGAGAGAUGAGCAGUGUUAGAGCCCCCGCGUCUGGUUAUUAUACUCUCUGCUGGACGACGUUCUCCUCAAGCUCGAAGAUCAUGUAGUGGGCUGGGCGCUUAGCACUUCACAACUUCCUCAGACAAGAUGGACAUCGAGAAGGAGCCAGAUGACUUCCUGGAGCCCUGGCCCCUGCAUGAUCGCAAGGGACGAGAUAACUUCAUCUAUUACAGCUCUAUAAUUGUUCUAAUGCUUGCAACGUCCCUGAUUGUCGAUGUAGUUUCGUUUGCUCAGGAUAUUAGUGAGAGUCUAUGGUCAGGAUAUUAAAUUUAAUCACAGUCAGCGGCUUCGUUUUUUUUUAUUGUUAAGCUCGGACCAACCGACGAGGAAGAAAACAUUUCAUCCGCUAUUGGUACGAUAUAGAAAAGAUCAAGAUGUAUACAGAAGACCCAGAUUUUUCAAGGUAAUACACUUACACGUACUGUUAUUAAAGGCAUUUUUUACGUAAAAAUCGAAGUAAGGCAUGAUCUACAUAGCUCCAGAGAAGAUCGUCCAGCGCUUUGCUGGAUGAGUUAGAUGCAAAGAGUGGGGACAACUGUUGACAAAAUGAAAAUACUGGCAAUUUGAAUGUCGGAGGACAGACUUCUUCUCAGCUUCUCAGCAUUAAUGUAACAUUUUGAUCCGUCACCGUCUAGAAGGUCCGUGGUUUUCGUUAUGUAGAUACUACUAACACUA